CUUUAGGAUCAAACACAGCAUACUGAAUCAGCAGGACUGGCUAGUGGUACAGCAAGCAUCAUGAGUAAGCACAGACAAGUCUGUUCCUUAUCACGUGUGUAAGGGGAAAAAGGUUUAAACAAGUCUCUUAAGUGGUGUCUUCUCACCGAUGGAGAAUUACUUCCAAGCAGAAGCUUACAACCUGGACAAGGUAUUAGAUGAAUUUGAACAAAACGAAGAUGAAACAGUUCCUCCUACUUUAUUGGAUACAAAGUGGAAUAAGAUUCUAGAUCCCCCUUCUCACCGACUUUCAUUUAACCCUGCAUUGGCCAGUGUGAAUGAACCUGCAGUUUCUAAUGAGUCCCAACAACAACUGAAAGUCUUCUCCCUGGCUCAUUCAGCAACCUUGACCACAGAGGGAGAGGCUCAUUGUGCUAAUGGACAGGACUGUAGUCUAAAUCCAGAGAUUGCCACAAUGUGGAUUGAUGAAAAUGCAGAAGAUCAAUUAAUUAAGAAAAACUAUAAUCAGGAUGAUCAAUGCAGUGUUGUUGAAGUGGGAGAGAAGAAAAGUGGAAACCUGGCUUGUCUGCCAGAUGAGAAGAAUGUUCUUGUUGUAGCUGUCAUGCAUAACUGUGAUAAAAGGACAUUACAAAGCGAUUUGCAGGAUUGUAAUAAUUAUAAUAGUCAAUCCCUUAUGGAUGCUUUUAGCUGUUCACUGGAUAAUGAAAACAGGCAAACUGAUCAAUUUAGUUUCAGUAUAAGUGGGUCCACUGAAAAACAUAUGAACUCAGAGAAACAAAUGGAUCCAUUGAAUAGACCAAAAUUGGAGAGAGAUUCUGUUAACCAUCUAUGUACUACUUCAUCUGAUUAUCUAACCAGUAUCUGUUCCCCUUCACAGUUAAAGGAUAAUGAAAAUAUAGGUGGAGGCCCCUCCUUGUCUGCAAUUGCAAAUUUAACAGUUGAUUCAGUAAUCUCAUCCCAGGGAGAUGAUAGUCCUGCUGUUAAAAAGCAAGAGAACUGUGUACCAGAUGAGGACCUCACUGGCAAAAACAUCUCUCCUAGGACAGAUCUAGGGAGUCCAAACUUUUCCCACUUGGGUGAGGAGAUUUUGACAAUAAAAGAGCCAGCAGAAGAGAGAACAAUGGAAGAAUCCCUCCAGUCUGGUUUACCUUUGCUUCUCAAACCAGAUAUGCCUAUUGGAUCUGAAAGGGAUAAUAAUUGUGAACAGUUUUCAGAUUGUCUUGCGCCUAGUGAAGUUAGGGCUGAUGAAAAUGAAAGUUAUGAACAUGAAGACAUUCUUGGCACUACAGAAUGUCUUAAUAUGACAGAGCAUUUCUCUGAAUCUCAGGAGAUGACUAAUUGGAAAUUGAGUAAACUAAAUGAGAUGAAUGAUAGCCAAGUAAAUGAAGAAAAGGAAAAGUUUCUACAGAUGAGUCAUUCUGAGGACACUAAUAAUGACAGUAGAGGAAAGUGUGUUGGAAUAACAGAUGCAGGCCUAGAUUUAAAAGGAACUUGCAUGAGUGAAAGUGAAGGAUGUGAUUUCUCCACUGUUAUAGAUACACCAGCAGCAAAUUCUCUAUCUAAUGGUUGUGAUUCCUAUGGAAUGCAGAGCCCAGGUGUUUCUUUUGUUCCAAAGACUUUACCCUCCAAAGAAGAUUCAGUCACAGAAGAAAAAGAAAUAGAGGAGAGCAAGUCAGAAUGCUACUCAAAUAUUUAUGAACAGAGAGUAAAUGAGGCCACAGAAGGGAGUGGACUUUUAAACAGCACCGGUGACCUAAUGAAGAAAAAUUAUUUACAUAAUUUCUGUAGUCAAGUUCCGUCAGUGCUUGGGCAGUCUUCCCCCAAGCUAGUAGCAAACCUGCAAUCUAUCAGUGUUCCUUUUGGUGGUGCAAGACCCAAGCAACCUUCUAAUCUUAAACUUCAAAUUCCAAAGCCAUUAUCGGAUCAUUUACAAAAUGACCUUCCUGCAAACAGUGGAAAUAAUAUUAAAAACAAAAAUGAUAUUCUUGGGAAAGCAAAACUAGGGGAAAACUCAGCAACCAAUGUAUGCAGUGCAUCUGUGGGAAACAUCUCUAUUGCUGAUACAAAUGGGGAACAUUUAGAAAGUUAUGAGGCUGAGAUCUCCAGUAGACCGUGCCUUGCAUUACCUCCAGAUAGUCCAGAUAAUGAUCUCAGAGCUGGUCAGUUUGGAAUUUCUGCUAGAAAGCCAUUUACCACUCUAGGUGAGGUGGCUCCAGUAUGGGUACCUGAUUCUCAGGCUCCAAAUUGCAUGAAAUGUGAAGCCAGGUUUACAUUCACCAAAAGGAGGCAUCAUUGCAGAGCAUGUGGGAAG